CAGCUAAAUUUCGUCAACAGUUCUAUUUUAACUUUCCAAAGGUGCAGAGAGAUUUCGACAUAAAUAUGAAAUCACCGUCGUUAAAAUUGGUGGUCUUGAUUAUUUUCAUUAGCAAUUUCAAUGCUUUUAAUGCUAAGAUGACUCUUUUUUCCGAUUCCGCUGAUAGUGAUAUGGAGGUUCCAUUUUUUGGUUUUUGGGGGCAAGAAGAAGACUACAAUAUUGAUACUGAAGAGUCAAACGAAUUUGUUAGUAUCAAUGGUUCCGGUGAAAUGGACGCUGACGCUGACGCUGACGCUGACGCUGACACUGACACUGACACUGACCCUCACCCUGAAACGAAAGACAUCGAUCUAACUGAAGUGGACUUUCAUACUAAUCAAGGUGCAAGUAAUGAAUUUUCCGAUUUGGCACCAUAUCCAUACUUUUUGCAUCUAUUCAACAAAACCGAACUGGAACCAAUUCAAGAAACGGACGAUGAUUAUGAUGAGAAUGGAUUUACGUGUGUAGAGUGCGAUUCAAGAAUAGAUGGAAACCGUUGCUUUCACGUUACCAACAUUGAACAGUUUAACUGGUGUCAUAGUAAAAUUGGGCAAUGUUACACAACGCUCAUCAAUGGUGAAGUAGUCAGAGGUUGUGUCGGCGAUGCUGUAUUUCCAAACACUGAAUCAACUGGACUUCAUCAUGAUACCGUUAAAUUGUGCAACAACGAUGCGCUUUGUAAUAAAAAGCAUAUUUUGGACACUUGCAUUGUUUGCAGUGGCAACAACCCGGAAUGCAAAACACCAAACGUGAACAUGGAAAAAGCCUGUUCAUUGGGCAAACCGAGUGGUUGUUAUUUGAAAAAAGAGGAAAAUACACUUAAACGCGGCUGUUUGAUGGGCUUGAAUAAAAAAGAGCGGUCCGAAUGUCUAGAGCGAGGAUCGCGUGUAUGCCAAAGUUGUAACACACCGAAAUGCAAUCGAAAAGUUGAUUUCGAUCAGAAAUGUUACUACUGUAACGGAACAAUAGAUUCAGAUGUGAAUUGUCAUACGGCAAAUCCGAAUCACGUUGAAAUCACAUGCAUUGGCUAUGCUAGCAUUUGUGUUGUGGGAAUCGAUGCAGAAGGCUACACUCAUCGCCAGUGUAGCUUGAAUGAAGAGGAAGACACCGCACGAUUCGCGAAAGGAUAUGAAUUGUGCUAUGGAGACCUUUGCAAUUCGGGCAUUUAUCCGAAGGAUCGACAAACGUGCUUCAAAUGUAACGGAGAUGCUGCUUGUAAUAAUCCAUCUGCCGAUUUAGUGGGUGAACAUUGCCCUCGUUUUUUGGACGAAUGCUUUAUCUACGAAAACAAAAAAGAUUUACAAAUGUAUCGUGGAUGUAUGAGCGAUAAGCGAUCAGAAGCACAAAGACUAUGCAAUGAAAAAGAGUGCUAUAAGUGCAACACUUCUGACUGCAAUUACCUUCAAAGCUUUCAGCUAGUCAAACCAAUUAAAUUGCAACAACGUUCUGCCAAAAAUCUAUCGAAUUUUGAGGAUUACGAAAAUAGUUCAGGACACAUUUCUUCUUUUCCCAUUUUAAUCGUAUUCAUGGGCUUACUUUUUACAUUCUAAAUUAAAUUCUAGAGAGAAACAGUUCUGAAACACAAGCUUAGGUUCAAUAAAAUGUUCAAAUUUCUUUUGUGCAAAGAAUAAAAUCUUUUUAUCAAUGUCAAGAGCAAAAUAUUCCAAGGAAAAUCAAUUUUGACAGGAAGUUUGAAUUGCGAUAAAUAUAUUUUUUAAAUUGUGAUUUGGAAACGAUAAUAAAAGUAAUUGAAAUUGCCUUGAAGAUUUUGGAA